UGAGAUGGCGAGCACGGCGAUGACGAUGCCGCCGCGGUGCGCCAUUGUGACGGGCGUCGCUCGCCGGCGUGGCAUCGGGAGGAGCAUCGUCGACUGCUUCCUCAACGAGGGCUACUGCGUUGUUGGAAGUGACAUCCAAGCGCUGGAAGAACAAGGGAGCUGCGUCACCAACAGCAGGUUUCACUUUGUUCGAGCCGAUGUGAGCGACGCAGCGCAAGCCAAAUCGAUUGUCCAGGCCAGCUUGGAGCGAUUUGGACACCACAUUCACGUCCUCGUCAACAACGCAGCCUUGACUCGUGGAGAGGAAGGACAAGAUGCCAUUCAAGCUUUCGACGCCAUGCUCCGUGUCAACCUGAACGGCCCCUUCUACCUCUCGCACUACGCCAUCCCACACAUGCCCCGCGGCUGCUCCAGCAUCAUUCAUGUGUCGAGCACCCGAGCCCUCCAGAGCGAGGCUGACACUGCCGGCUACACCGCCUCCAAGGCUGGCCUCUGUGGAUUGACGCACUCGCAGGCUAUAACUUAUGCGGGACACGCCCGAGUGAAUGCCAUCCUCCCCGGGUGGAUCAACACCAGCGACGAGCACGAGCACGAGGUGGCGAUCCGCGAGGUAGACAAGAAGUGGCAUCCCGUGGGCCGCGUCGGCGAACCCGUGGAUGUGGCGCAGCUUUGCCUGUUCUUGUGUGACGAGAGCAAGUCGGGCUUCAUCACGGGCCAGCAGUUUGUGGUGGACGGGGGCACCACCGUCAAGAUGGUCUACCCGAGCUGAGAAUGUUCACACCACUUUGUUUACUUUUUCCAUCUCAAGGGAUCACUGGUCGACGAACAGUGGCCGAACAAACUGCCAUCACAGCCCACACACUAGGAGAUUACUGUGCGCCACGAUAUCAUGUUAUGAAAGUGACCACUAGGGCAGAAAAGUCUGUACAGUCCGUGAGUGAUUCUACUCUGGGCCAGUUUCAGCAGCAGAUGUUGUUCCAAAGUAUGAUGGGGAUGGCUUUCCACAACAGA